AAGGUAAGGUACCGACACCUCGCCCCUCUACUCUUGUGUCAGAAAAAUUUCCACUCGCACAUUUACGCAUACACUUUCUCUGCCGUACUUUGUAUUUCCCCCGUUCUGCUUUUUCUCGUUUACAAACGCACAUAUAAGCGUACUCUAUCUCUCUCGUCUUUUAUUUGUCGGUAGCAUUGGAGCAAGGCACAUUAUGAUGGUCACUGUGUCUCGCAUGGCUUGCAUUUGAUUCUCUGUAUAGCUUUUCGAAAAAUUUCUGUUCCGAAAUUCUGAGUUCUCGUCUUUGUGGGUUGAUGAUCCAUGCAUGGUGAGAUUUUUGUUACUAAGAGAUUUUUAGCUCUCUGUUCGGAAGUGUUUUAGCGAAUGGAAAUAAUGGACCACAAGACGUGGCUGUGGAGGAAGAAAUCUACAGAGAAGAUGAUUGUUGCAACUGACAAAGUAAACCUCUCUCCCAAUGGAAAUGAAGAGGAGAUACAGACACUUCUGACUGAUAAAGCAGAAUUGGAGAAAGACCUGAAAUGUUUAAAUGAUAAGCUUUCCUCUGCCCUGACUGAGUGCAAUGCUAAGGAUGACCUUGUAAAGGAACAAGCAAAGAUGGCAGAGGAUGCCAUGGCAGGUUGGGAGAAGGCAGAAGCCAAAGCCGGGUCUCUAAAGCAAGAGUUAGAUGAAGCCAUACAGCACAAAGCUGCUGGAGAAGAAAGAUUAACUUACUUGGAUGCAGCCCUCAAGGAGUGUAUGCAGCAGCUGCGGUUUGUUCGAGAAGAGCAGGAGCAGAGGGUUCAUGAUGCUGUGAUGAAGGCAUCAGGGGAACAUGAAAAAUCCCAAAUGAUUUUAGAGGAGAAGUUGGCAGAAACCAGUAAAAGACUUGCAAAAUUAGGCAUUGAGAAUACUCAUCUAAGUAAGGCUCUCUUGGCAAAGGAAAGGUUGAUUGAAGAUCUAACUAAACAGAAGGUUCAGGUGGAGGCAGAUUCUAAUGCUCUAAUGAUUAGGUUAGAGUCUACUGAGAAAGAAAAUGCUUCAUUGAAAUAUGAAGUCCGAGUUCUAGAGAAGGAGCUUGAGAUUCGAAAUGAGGAGAGAGAAUUUAAUCGUAGAACAGCUGAUGCAUCGCAUAAGCAACACUUAGGGAGUGUGAAAAAAAUUGCAAAGUUAGAAUCAGAAUGUCAGAGGCUACGCCUGCUUGUUCGCAAGCGGUUGCCAGGCCCAGCAGCCUUGGCAAAGAUGAAAAGUGAAGUUGAUGUGUUGGGAAGAGAUUCAGUUGAACUGAGGAGGAGAACAUAUUCUAGUCCUAAUGCUUUAAUUUUUGAUACUGCUGUUGACAACUCCCCAGACACUCCAAGUAAAAAGAUCAACUCUCUGACUGAGCAGUUAUGUGCCAUAGAAGAGGAAAACAAGGCUCUCAAAGGAGCCCUUAAUAGAAAAUCAAAUGAACUUCAAAUUUCAAGAACCAUGUAUGCUACCACAGCUUCCAAACUGUCACAGGUCGAGUCGCAUCUUGAUGAAAUGUCAAAAGGCCAGUCAACCUUGGAGCCAUCAGGAAGUGGUCUUGCACAUGAACUUUCUCUGGCCUUGGUAUCUGAUGUUGGCAGUGAUGAUAAGGUUAGCUGUUCUGAAUCAUGGGCCUCUGCUUUGAUUUCAGAAUUGGAGCACUUCAAAUAUGAGAAACAAAGGGUUCCACCUUCAGUUAAAACUGUAGGAGGUUCAGACAUAAAUCUGAUGGAUGACUUUGUGGAAAUGGAAAGACUUGCAAUAGUCUCAGUUGAUAAGCAGUCAGGAAGUCCUCAUGUUUCAUCUGAUGAUGCUAAUGCAACUGUUAGCCCAUUUGAAAUUGAUUCGAAUGGGCAUCUCUUGCAGGUAACUGGUAAAGAGAUUGUUCCUGUGUUGGAGUCUAGCUCUAGGGUAUCAGAACAGGAAAUUAAGACCAAGGACUUGGUGAUUGGUAAAGCUUCUGAAUCUUCUGAUUGGCUUCAGGAUAUUCUUAAAGUUUUGCUGGAGCAAACUUGUAUCACACAAAGAAAACCUGAUGAAAUACUGGAGGAUGUUAGAGUAGCUUUGGUAGGCAUAAGUAACGGGAGCCAUGCAGAGUGUCUUGAUACAAGAGAAAGCUCAAAACAUCAAAAUGCAUCAGAUUCCCCUCAUAUUGGUGGUUGCAUCUCCUGGAAGCCUACAGAUAGACCUUCUCUGUUGGAUUCAUCUUGUGGAAAUAAUGAUGUUGAUGUCCCGGAGACAGAUGGGAGCAAUCAGCAGUUGCAGUCAGAUCUAGGCAAAUCAUUGCACAAUAUAAUUGAGCAUGUUGAACGGAUAGCUUUACCCAAUUAUGAUACCUCAGACACUUUGUCUAGAGAAGAUGGGAGUUCCUUUCCAUAUAAGGAUACAGAAACGUCUUCAGGCUACAUGGUUCGAGUUUUGCAGUGGAAGACCUCUGAAUUGGCUGCUGUAUUACAGCAGUUUGUCCAUGCUUGUUAUGAUCUGUUGAAUGGAAAAUCUGAUGUGGACAUUUUUGCUCAGGAAUUAUGUUAUGCUCUGGACUGGAUCAUGAACCACUGCUUUUCCCUUCAAGAUGUUUCAAGCAUGAGAGAUGCAAUUAAGAAGCAAUUUGAUUGGGAUGAAUCACGAAGUGAAACUGAGCCAGAGGUUGGCAUGAUUAGUCAAUUUUCUGAAGUGGAUAAAUUGUGCCUUGCCCGUGAUCAAGUUGCUGCUUCAAAUGGGUUUCAUACCUGUCUUGAAAAGGAUGAAUUUCAAUGUAUUAUAACAGAUGAAAAUAAGAAGUUAAAAGAUGAAUUGGUUAACAUAAAAUCUACAAGGAAAGACUUGGAAGGGAGGCUUCAAUCAGCUAUUGAUAAGAGUGAAUCCUUGGUGAAUCAACUUCAAGAAUCAGAGAAAAUCAUUGCAAGCAUGCAAAAAGAGGUAGAAACUCUGAAAAUGUCAAAAACAAUGAUUGAAAAUCAAAGUGAAAAUCACAAGUUGAUGAAAGAAGAUCUAGAUACACAGCUUAAAGUGGCCAAAGCAGAGUUAAAUGAGGCUCGCCACAAGUUUUCUUCCUUGGAAGUGGAGCUGGAGAACAAAGAAAGCUGCUGUGAAGAAUUGGAGGCCACAUGUCUUCAACUUCAGCUCCAACUUGAGAGUAUAACCAAGAAAGCGAUCCCUAAUCAUGAACUCCAUCAGGAAGAAAAGCAACUUCGAACUGAUUGGGAGAUAACAGCUGCUUCAGAAAAGUUGGCGGAGUGCCAAGAGACGAUACUAAACCUAGGGAAGCAGUUGAAGGCAUUGGCUACACCAAGUGAAGCAGCACUGUUUGACAAGGUCAUCUCUACCUCCACUGAUACAAAUGCUGCCUCUGUCACCAACACAGAGGGCACAACGGUGAGCACACCCAAGGAUAAGAUCAGGAACCAAAGGUCCUCUCUUCUAGAUCAGAUGCUAGCGGAGGAUAAUAAAUCCCCAAAUAUCAAUGAAAGCAACAAGUGCAGUUCUACCUUUGUUUCCAAUGGGGUUAUAGAGCCUCUAGAAAAGAUCCUCAUUCUGAAUGGAACUAAACAACAUGAUGAUGAUGUUGAAAUUAGCUCUUUGGCCAUAGUACCUUGCAAGAAACAGGGAGGAGGAAGUUUGUGGAGAAAAUUAUUGUGGAGAAAGCGGAAAUCAAACAGCAAGAGACCACCCCUUUCAUUCUCUACAUAACAGCCUACAAUUUAGUAUCAAAAGUUUCCGUUGUGUUAUGUUACGACAGUGGUUGUCCAUGAGGGGAAUUUGAUGCAAUAAAUUCUGCCUUUUGUUGAGCUUUUGAGAGAGUGUUUGCGUGGUUGUGUAUUCCUUCUGUAGAUACAAUAGUCAGCUAGACAAGUUCCAUCGUGGGCAUAGCUUUCAUCUGUACUUUCUGUUAAUAGAAACGGUAGCAUUAUUUUUCGUGUGAA